AUGUUACACAAAGUUCAUGAUAUUAGCUGUGAGCAUCUGCUGAUCACAGGUGUUACUGGCUAUAUUGGAUUCAAGACGCUCACAAUUGCGCUCGAACGCGGGUAUCGCGUUCGGGCUAUCGUCCGAAGCGAACGCAAUAUCAAUGAGCUGAAAGAUAGAAGCACGACGAUUGCACAGAGUCUAGAUCAAAAACAACUCCAAUUUGUUGUCAUUUCAAACUUUCUUGAGAAAGACGCAAUUUUCAAAUCCCUGGAGGGCAUUACGGUCAUCAUUCACCUUGCAUCGCCACUAGCAAUCGAGACCAGUGAUUAUGAUGUUGGAAUUGUUAAGCCAGCCAUCUCGAUGGUGACUACUGUUUUGGAAGCUGCCACUCGCGUGACAUCAAUCCACCGCGUCAUCUUAACAUCUUCAUGCGUGACCUUAAUUCCAUUCGAAUGGAAUAUCAACCCCGACAGCGAGCGACUAUAUAUAGCGGAUGAUGUAAAUACCAGUGUUACUGGUCCUUUUACCACUGCAAUGGAAGCUUACUGGGCAUCCAAGGCCCUCGCAAGAGUCGCAACUAAAGCAUUUGUUAACCAUGCGCGCCCGAAAUUCGAUUUCGUCAAUCUUCUACCUUCGGUGGUAAUUGGACCAGACGACCGCCUAGACGCAGAUCCAACUGCAACGGUCGACAGUCUUCUUCAGGGUACUCGGGCAGCGGUCCUUGCACCCGCCCUGACAUCGUCGCUGAACUCCUCGUUUCCCUAUGUUGGAACACCAGUUCAUGUUGUGGAUGUUGCGCGCGCACAUAUUGAUGCGGUAGACGCUGGUUUGGUUCCUGGAAAUUCUGAGUAUAUUCUCUCUUCAGAUACUCCGAAUGGUGUGGUCUGGGAUAGGGAUGUCCAAGAUGCCUGUAGGAAAUUCUUUCCAGCAGAGGUGGCAAGCAAAAUAUUGCCGCUCGAAGGGUCUUUGACCGCAAUCAGAUGGAGGCUGAGUGCCGGGCAGACGGAGGAAACGUUUGGCUGGCAAUUCACUGGGUUUGAGGAGACUGUGAGGCAGCUUCUGUCGCAGUACUUGCGACUUGAAGAAAGGUCGAGAAAGUAA